AUGCCGGCCUCAAAGACGACCGCCGCCGCAAUCCCCAUCACCACCAGCCUCGGCCGCAAGCGCACCAAGACCUUUACCGGCUGCUGGACUUGCCGCGCGCGCAAGAUCAAGUGCGACGAGGCCCGGCCGCAUUGCCGCCAGUGUCGCGAUAAGAGCUUGGCCUGCGAGGGAUACGGCUCGCGCCUGCAAUGGCUGGCUCCGGAGACUGGCUCCAAGACCGGAUCCAAGACCGGCUUUCGCUCCGAGAUACCUUCUUUGACCCAGCAGGCGUUGCGCCGUCACAUACCCGCUGAACCCCCCGCGUCCAUCUUGAGCUGGAACCAGGUCGACGCCAUCCUCCGCUUCAUCGACACCCUUGAAUCCGGCUGGGCGUCAUCCCACAGCGAACAUGUCUGCGCCAGCAUCCACAAUUUUGGAGUCUUUGGCCUCGAGCGCCCGUGUCCUGCAGAUGUUCCGAAUCUCCCCCACGAGAUCGACAAUUCUCCUCCCAGCAACAACGUCACUCUCGACUCCACCACCGAUCCACUCCCUCCGGUGUUCCUAGAGCCCCUAGAGCCCCAGGAGUCCUUCGCCUCCCCUUCCUAUUCCGAGACGGCUGCUGCAUGGGAUCUGUGCAAUCUGCAUGGCGACCAAUCUCACCUCCAAUCGCUUGACUUUACUGAUCAACAAGAUUCCGUCGCGAGUGACGUUGUCCUCAGCAAUGCCCUUAGCCAUAUCCCCCAGCGCCCAACCCAGCAAGACAUGCCCUACUUUGCUGACGACGCGAACCAAACCAAGCAAUUGACGCCGGAGGAGACUUGGCAUCUCGUCUCCUAUCCUCAGUUUCGCUCCAUUGCCCCCAACGCCAUAACCGAACAGGAACGGUUCUUGAUGAGUCACUACAUGAACAGAGUAGUCAAUCUAUUCUGUGUCAUAGACAACGGCAAGAGUCCUUGGAAGACUAUCCACCUCCCCAAGGUUCUUCAAGGCGCGGGCGAGUUGUCCUUUGCCGGCGAGACGACUAGGAUUCGCAAUGCGUUGAGAAACGCCCUUCUCUCCAUCAGUGCUUUCUAUCUAUCCAAUGACAGCCACACUUCCCAUCGCGAAGCUGAAGCCAAGAAAUGGGGCGAAGUUGCUUCACGAUAUCGCUACGAUGCCAUCGGACUCCUGAAAGAGGGCGUCGAGAUGGACCUAUACGGGAAGGAAAGGCCAAAGUACAAAGAAUUUCUUGCUACCAUGCUGUCCAUGAUUACCAUCAAUGUAAUGUCAGGAGACACGAGUACCUGCAGCGUCCAUUUAGAUGGUGCCGAGCAGCUCAUAACCCACAUGAGCAUCCGGAAAGCAAAAUUCUCCAGAAAGGCACACGCUCUCCAUCGAAUCUAUCUCUACCUACGAGUGAUAUACGAAAGUACGGCCGUGAAGACUCGGAACCACGGUGGCUCCCGUUUCUCUUCAUUCUUGGGUUCACGUAGGACCAUGGCACCAGGGUACACUGCCGCCCCGAAGCGAAUUUUCGUCGAGGAUGAAGACUCUCCCUCAUCUAUGGUGCCCAUGGAAUCAGACAUCGUUCCACUUCAGGACCCCGCUGCGGAAAUGGCGGCCUACGAAUGCAUUUACGGAAUACCUCAAAGUCUCCUCAUGAUGCUCAAGGAAGCCGUCGAGGUGAUUGACCAAGUUGAGCAUGAGCGCGCCGAAACAGGAACUGUGCAUAUUUCCGAAUCUCUUGAGAGCCUGUGCGACGAUCUCGAGAAGGACAUUUUGGACUGGCCUCUCGAGGAGCGGCUCAAACGAUGCAGGGAGACGAACAAAGGCAUCAGUGCCAAAAUAAUCUACCAUCAGACGAGAGCCUUCCAUAACGCUCUCAUCAUAUACUUUUCUCAAAAUGUUCGUCUGCUUGGACAUCGCUACAUGCGAUUUUAUGUAGAGACGAUUCUCGACAGCAUUGAAGCCAUCGAGCGGAUCAAGAUUGAGACCAAGAUCCUGGCCGCACCUCUCUUCUGGCCGGCCUUUAUCAGCGCCACGGAAGCUUUUGAGCCGCAGCAUCAAGACCGGUUUAGAAAGUGGUAUGGAAACGUGGGGGUUUACGGCAUCGAGGCUGUGAGGACGGGGAUCCAGGUCGUCCACGAGGUCUGGAGCCAAGGCCCAACGUCUAAUGGGCAAUUGAUGAGUUCUUGGCGGAGCAUUGUAGAUCGCAUGGGGAAUAGCUUGAUGCUCACGUGA